UUUUAAGAAUGUCUGUAUAAAACAUUUCAUGUUAUGGCAAAUAGUUUUGUAAAUGUAGAUAGUCUGUAUGAUAGUUCCAGUUGGUAAAAUCUUUCAGAGGAAGAAGAGCGUGGUUGUUUUAAAAGUGGACAGAACUCCUCGAACUGCUUGCUUGCUAACUGAACUGAACUGAAGCGGUGCAAGUCAAGCCCGGAGUAGAAUCUAAGCAGCAUGGCUCAGAAGCUGCUGAUAAUCGACACAGACUGUGGCAUAGAUGAUGCUCUGGCUAUCAUAGUAGCCCUGGCAGCUCCUGGUGUGAAGGUGUUGGGCAUCACCUGCUGCUUCGGGAACACUGAUGUGGAUAAUGUGUGUCAGAAUGUGAUGCGGGUUCUGACAGUCUGUCAACAAACCCAGAUUCCAGUUUUUAAAGGGUCUGCUGGUCCUCUAAUCGGACCUGUGACAGGAUUUAAAGAUCACUUUGGCACAGAUGGACUUGGAGAUGUUCUGGAGAACUCAGAGAUUUGGAAAGAGCAGAUUCAGAAAGAGCAUGCUGUUCAUGCUUUAAUAAGACUGGUAAAUGAAAACCAGGGAGAGGUAUCGCUCAUAGCUCUUGGUCCAUUGACCAACUUGGCUUUGGCUGUUCGAUUAGAUCCCACCCUCCCUCAGAAGCUCAAGGAUCUGUACAUUAUGGGCGGUAACAUGGAAGGCAAGGGAAAUCUGACACCAUCUGCAGAGUUUAAUUUUAGUAUGGAUGCUGAAUCAGCUUAUGUAGUUUUGGAGGAAUAUACCUGCUCAACACACAUCGCAACCUGGGAGUUCACUUGCAGAAACAAACUAUCUUGGGAGUGUUUUGAUGAGCUGGUCAAUCAGGAUACAUCAGCUGCUCGAUUCAUGAAGAAGAUAACCUCCACGUGCUGGGCCUACUCUAGAGAACCUCGCAUCAUCAACAAAGAUUUGCUCUUUGGGCGCGGGUUUGUACCCUACGACGCCUUCGCUGUGGCAGCUUGUUUGGACCGCAGCGUGAUCACAGAGACUUUACAGUGUGCUGUUCGUGUGGAAAUGCAUGGUCAGCUGGGACGAGGCAUGAUGGUUGUGGACGCAGCAAAUACACUGAAGAAAGACCACCGUGUCUUUGUGAUGAGGACAUGUGAUCUUAAAAAGUUUGGUUUGAUGCUGAAAGCAGCUUUACAAAUCGCAUAGAAAUGCUUCUUUGCGAUACAUUUGUAUUAUGAGAUUUCCAUUUUCAAAUGUAGCAUCCUUUGCACUUUAUUGGUGCAACUUCCUGUUCUGUUGUCGUUCCAAACCCCUCAAUUUUCAAAACACAGAAGAAAAUAUUAAUAACAAUGUCUACGGUGGGCCAGUAAUGCAUAACACAAUGAAAUCUCCACAACACAAUGGAAACAACUACAUUAGUCUUUUGCGUUGUGUUGUGCGCCACUGUAGAUUCCUGUCCACACAACCAAAACAUUGAUGCUUCAGAAAGUUUAUAAAGAUGCCAUAAAACUAAUCUAUAUUAACCAUUCAUUGGUCUGUUUAAAUAUGAAAGGAAAAGUUUAAAUUAAUUCUAUUCAUCAUAUAAAGUGAUAAGGUCUCUUCAGAAGAAUUGGAUUAAACUUCUUGAACUUAAAUUUAGGCAGAAAUAAAAUGAGAAGUCAAUAUUCCAGCCCGAUAUGUUUAUUUCAACCAAUGUGACCAAAACAUUCACUCUUGAAGUGACAAAUGAAUGACGCACAGAACACAUUUCAAGUUCUUUAAGCUCCCUCAAAUUAAAAGCCAAUUCCAGCAAAUGAAGCUUUUCACUUUUAGCAGAGGGCAAUUAAAAUAAAAAAUAAAAUCUGAAUCCUAAAAUCAUUUACGAUUUGGCUUUGACUCGGAGGGGUUCAAAUCAAUGUGGUAAUUAUAGUCUUCGCAACCACUUUACAAAAGUUAAAUCAACCAACAAAUAUGGCCGGAAAAUGCUCUAAAAUGAAUGAAAACAUCUUAAACCAAAAUGACAGCAUUGUAGGAGUGGGGUUUUACACAAAGUGCUUAUUUUAAGGUUGAGUAACACUGCACCCUGCAUUUCAAAUACAGUAAUACUGGACCAUACACUUUAAUUCCAAUGCAGUAUCACUCAAAACAGGGAAUAUCUAAAAUCGUAAAGAAAAACACCCCUACCAGGGCAAUAGCAUUUUAAGCCAAUGUCUUCAAUCUUCGAACUUAAGGCAUUUUUAUGAUACCCCACUAAAAUAAAUAGGAUUGUAUUUUGAGGGGAAUUUGUAAAUGCAAUACUGGGUCUCCAGUGGACAUUGGUCCAGAUUUCUUCCAAUAAUUAAAAUGAUCUUGGUGUACAACAUACUGUUCAACCAGGAAAAAUAAAAUAAGAUUAGAAACCA